CCACCCAAGUCUGCGAUUUGAAAAGCGGUCUUCGCACAAUGUUCCUGGGCGCUUACAUGCCGAGAUUUUCCAAGGCAAUUUUACAAGACGGACAGAUGUAUUAUCUCGCUACAGUAUCUACGAGCCUAUUGAUUCUCGUCUUACUCCACAUUCCAGGGGUCCCGGCAGUGUACAAGUCAGUGUUGUCGGUGCCUAA